CAUGGGACAUCACAUCUUUUAUAUUAAUUCUGUAUUAUUUUAUUUAUGGUCCCCUAUUUCUAUUACCUAUAGGCUGUAGAGUUGAAUUAUAAGCCCUGCGGAGCCCCCGCGCCGGCGUGAUCGGUAUCUCACAUCUCACAUGGAGGAGAAAGGCAUGGAAGGGUUGGAGUUGAAGGGGAAGUUGCAGUUGGCGGCGCAAUCCGUGGAAUGGAGCUACUGUGUGGUGUGGCGAUUGUGCACUGAGCGAGGGGCGUUGGUGUGGGGAGAUGGGUUCUACAACGGACCCAUAAAGACCACCAAGACGCUGCACUCGACGCCCACGCCCACGCCCUCUCCCUCUCCCUCUCCCUCUGAUCUUCACGCUCUCAGAACCCAUCAGCUUAGGGAUCUCUACCACUCCUUAUCCACCGGCACCCCUUCUCCCUCCGCCGCCCUCUCCCCGGAGGACUUGACCCACUUGGAGUGGUUCUAUUUGCUCUGCAUCUCUUUCUCUUUUCCUCCGGGAAUCGGAUUGCCUGGAAACGCAUUUUCCAACAACGAACACGUCUGGAUUACAGCUGCCAAUCAGAUUCACACCAAAAUUUUCUCCAGAGCUCUUCUUGCUAAGAGUGCUCGYAUAAAGACGGUGGUUUGCAUUCCUCUCAUGGAUGCUGUGGUUGAACUCGGCACCACUAAUAAGGUCAAAGAAGACAUUGGGUUCGUACAACAUAUCAAAUCUAUCUUCGCAGAAACUCAGUCCGUAGCACCAAAACCAGCAGUAGCACUCUCUGAGCUCUCCACCUCCAACUCAGCUUCCACUUCCUUGGAGCACUACUGUUGUAACAUUAUCCGAAGACAAGAGGAUGACAGUCCUUCCAGCGUAGGUGUGGGCGAACCAAGCAAGUCAAUGCAACUUGAGCUAUCUGAACACAUCCCACUUGGCUCUGCCUCACCUGAUAAUGAUGYCUCCAACAAUACUUAUUUUGAUGCACAUUUCCACCCUCUCCCUAACUCAGGACACCUCCUCAACAACUUUGACUUUGAGUACCGUCCACCGCUUAAACACCCACCUCCUCCAGCAGCGGCAAUGGCAAUGCUGACAGAGGAAGACACCCGUUACUCCAGCACAGUCUCAGCCAUCCUCCAAAACCAGAACCAGUCCAUAUCCUCCGCCGCCAACCUCACUUGCUCCAUCCAAUCAGCCUUCUCCGAGUGGAAUCGCCGCUCAGAUGUUCACCAUGUUCCCCUGGAAAGCACUAGCACUUGCACAUCCCAAUGCCUACUCAAGCACAUUUUACACAUUGUGCCCUUCCUUCAUGCCAAACAUCACCAUCACCAAAAUCCAUCUAAAUCCUGUGAUGGUCGAUGGCAGAAGGGGACGUCACAAGACCAGCUCAGCGGAAACCAUUUUCUUGCCGAGACACUCUGCCACCCUGAAAACCUCCACCACAAGUUUUUCAUCUUAAGGUCGAUUCUACCUUUUGCCACCAAAAUGGACAAAGUCUCUAUUUUGGGGGAUACGGUGGAGUACCUGAAACAACUUCGUCAGAAAAUCCAGGAUUUAGAAGCUCAAAAUCGAGAAUUGGAGAUCACUAAGAGGUCCGGUUUUGAACAGUUACAAAGGAAUGCAGCAGCAUAUCAGACUCGAUACGAUCAACCAUGUUCAGACAAAAGAAAGUUGAGGAUUUUGGAGGGUGUUGGGGAUGGAUGUAUAAAGCACAAAGUGCUCAACUCACCAACCUCACUAGAUUCCAAUUUGCAGGUUUCAAUAAUAGGAAGUGAGGGAUUGUUGGAGCUCCACUGCCCAUACAAGGAAGGAUUGUUGCUGGAUAUCCUGCUCAUUCUCCAAGGGCUUCGGAUUGAGACCACRACAGUAUGCUCAACCUUGAGUCAUGGAGUUUUUAUAGCUGAGCUACGGGCCAAGGUGAAGGAGAAUGCGGAUGGGAAGAAAGCAAGCAUUUUGGAGGUGAAGAGGGCAAUACAACAAAUCAUACCUCGCACUGAAAAUUAGCAAAUACGUGCAUUCAGGAAAUUUUGGGCAAUGAAUCAAGGAUUAGCCGAGAAUCGAGGAUUCAAAAUUUUUGCAAGCCAUAAGUUCUCAUCCCUAUUACACAAAAAUAAAAUGUUACGAACUAGAUAAAGUAUGAGGUAAAAGGAGGAAUGCACACCUUAAAGUCAUUGUACCUUAAGGUCAUUGUAUUUUUUCUUCCUGUUGAGUAUGUAAUUAGCCUGCGUAUAGAUUAAGAAAUGCAAGACCCAUGUUUGAUACAUCUACACUCUACAUGCGUAUAAUAUAUUUUUCACGGUGAGGGUUGAUCGGUA